UUUCUGUACGUACACACGGACGCUGUUUUGUCUCUCAAUAUAUUUGUAAUUUCCAUUGCACCUUUCAAAAAAAUGAAGAAAUAUUACUUUAUGUUUAGUGAAGGCAGUAGGAUAAAUCAGAUUUUAUGCGCAGUUUCCAUAAACUUCCUCUUGUUCUGCUACGGCGCUAGCAUCGGCUGGAUGUCUCCUAUGACCUUGCUGCUUCAGUCAGAUAAUUCUCCUAAGGGAACUCCCCUAUCUAUAACAGAAAUAUCAUGGAUGGCAUCGAUUGCGUAUCUGGUGGCAAUGGUGUUUGAAUUCAUCAUUGCUUACAUGGGGGAAGCUGUGGGGAGAAAGAUUACGUUGAUAUUCUUGUCAGCCAGUUCUGUUGUUUGCUGGAUCCUAAAGCUGUCAUCUAUGGAAGUGUGGGCAUUUAUAUUAGCUCGAGCAAUGGUCGGCGUCACUAUGUCUGGAGUGUACGUCAUAUGUCCGCUCUAUACCAAGGAGAUUAGUGAAGACAGGAUCAGAGGCUUCCUUGGGACGUUGCUGAUCUUCUUCCAAACCUCUGGGAACCUGUUCCUCUACAUCAUCGGCGAUCUGCUCAGCUACAACACGGUAUUAUGGAUCUGCUUCGCCAUGCCAGCAGUUCAUAUACUGGUGAUCUUGUUAAUGCCUGAAUCUCCAUCAUAUUUGCUGAAAAAAGGAAAAAAUGACGAAGCCCUAAAAGUAAUGGCUUGGCUUCGCUGCAGGCCAAUGAAAGAUGCCGCCUUGAAGCAAGAGCUGGAUAUGAUCAUAAAGGAACAGAAAGCCGACUCAGAAAGCAGUCAAUUUGCUCUCAAAGCUAUACUAAUUUAUAUUUCAGUGCAAGACAAGGUACUAUUUAGAGCAUUCAGAAUAGCAGUAUUGGUGUCCCUUGCUCGCGAAGUGUGUGGCGCUUGUCCCGUGCUCAACUUUGCUGGGGAGAUCUUCUCACUGUCUUCUGAGGGUGGAGGCUUGGCUGUACUAUCUUCUAACCAGCAAGCCAUGGUGCUGGGAGCUGUUCAAGUGUGCGGCGCGAUGUUGGCUUCUAGUGUAGUUGAACUCACUGGACGAAAGCCUCUAUUCAUAGUGACAGCCGUGGUAUCAGGGCUCAGCAUGUGUUUGCUGGCGUCCUGGUUCCUAGCCCGGGAGCUAGGUGUCACCUUGCCUGCCUGGAUCCCUGUCACCACGCUAUGUCUGACCAUCUUCUGCGACGCUUCGGGCAUUCAACCUGUAUCUGUGGUUAUCAUGAGCGAAAUGUUUUCUUACAAGUAUCGUGGGACAGUCAUGGCCGCAUCGAUGACCUUGGCUUCGGUAGCUGCUUUCCUCCAAAUGCGUUUCUUCAAACCCUUAGCAAACGCCAUGGGCAUUCACGUGUCCUUCUACUUCUUCGGAGCUGUAUGUUUGACCGCAGCGCUUUAUGUCAUCCUAGGUACUCCCGGAGACGAAACUUAGGACUGUUGAGGAAAUACAAUAUGACUUAAAGACAAAAAAAGAGAAACGAAAAGAGUCGGAGAUGAAAAGGGAAAGAGAAAAGAUAGAAAAGUUAUAGUUAAAGAAUAAAGUAGUAGUAUUUUUUUUGUUUGAAUUUUUUUAAAGUGGAAAUUUCUUUAGCAGCGUUGUGCACUUUUUAUGAUGGGUAAAACAAUGUUAAACUCGUGUCAGAACACGUAAACUCGUAAGACAUCAAAA